ACAAAAUGUCCAGAGAAGACAAUGCCACAGACUAUGAUGGUAUCUUUACAGAACUUGAAGUCACAGAAAAUGCAAUCAAGCAGUACCAACAUGUGAUCAGGAUGAUCUACUUAAUUACAUAUUCUGUUGUCCUGAUCCUCGGUGUCUCCCUCAACUUCAUCGUCAUUAUCAUCAGCUGCCUGAAAAACAAGAAAACGCCAACGGUUUCCACUUGGAUUAUGGCGUUGGCUGUAACACACUUAGUCUCCAGCGCAUUUGUUGUUCUUCAGCUCCUGUAUGCUUACAAUAACUUUGAAUGGAAUUACGGAAAAGCAAGCUGCAAGCUGUCAUCCUAUAUCACCUACGGCAGUAUGUUCUCCACAGCAGCCAUGCUGAGUCUCUGGAGCAUUAGUUCUGCUUUUUUAAAAAGCGAUUGCUUAAAAAAUUGCAAGAAUUGUAACAUCAUUCUGAUUUCAUUCUCCUGGUCUAUUGCAGCAGUCUUGGCAUGUCCUUCGCUGUUUUCCAGAGAGGUGCGAUCUUCUCAGUGCAUUGAUGAUUAUGACUUGGACAAAUCGAAAACAACUCAAGACGGCAUUGCUAGGCUGAAGGCAGUCGUUAUCAUGAGAUUUCUUAUCGGGCUUCUUGUGCCAGCUUUGAUCAUGUUUCUCAGCUGUUUGACAUCAGCUCAUAGAAGGUAUAAAGAUUGCAAUAAGCAGGCACAGAUCAUCUGUGCUAUAAAGAUUGCCUUCUUUGUGUUCUGGGGCCCUCAAAUCUUCUUAACCAUGCUUCAAGCCACUCUUACCGACAGCCUGGGUCCAAGUAUGUUGAAAUAUGGACUUCCAGCAGCUACUGCAUUGGCCACAGCCCACCCUUUUAUCAGCCCGAUCAUCUAUUUGUUAUUGGGAUGUAGUAUUAAAAUGAAGUGGAUGGCACGUGACCCAGGUUUAUAACACUGUUGCCUUGC